AUGUCUUCAACUAGUCUUCAUCCUUUCGAUCCAAUUACUCCUGGGGAGAUUCAAUUGGCUGUGCGAGUCUUACAGGCAGCUUUCUCUGGUGUACCACUGCGGUACAAGAAGAUUGACCUUCAGGAACCCAUCAAAGCAGACGUGGUUCCAUACAUCGAAGCAGAGAGAUUACGGCAGCCCCUACCGUCGAGACCAGCUCGCAUUCUGCUCGCUUACUUCAACCGUCUCGACAAUGGCUCAUUUUACAAGGCGCUAUUGAACGCAGAUACCAGAUCAAUUAUAUACGCAAAGGAGAUGCCCAAAGAGGUGCAAGCACCCGUUGACAUCGAUGAGCUAGCUGAUAUCGAAGAUCUUUGCAUGCGCCAUCCAGCAGUACAAGCUGAAAUUGAGAGACUCAAGCUCCCACCAGGGAUAACCGUCUGCAACGAUCCCUGGAUGUACGGCACGGACGACGCCAAUGAAACACGACGCCUCUUCCAGUGCUUUAUGUACAUUGUUGAAGUCGACCAUCCCCAGAACAACCACUACUCGCUCCCAUGCAAGUUUUCUCCGGUGUUUGAUGGCACCACGCACGAACUUGUCCGUAUGGACUAUCUCCCUGGCGGUGCGAAUACUGUCGCCGUGGAAACUCAGCCGUGGAAGCCUGUCAAGGCUGUGCAAUAUGCGCACGAACUUCUGGAUGAACCGCUCAGGCAGGAUCUUAAGCCCUAUAUUGCGCAGCAGCCUGAGGGGCCGUCUUUCAAUGUGGACGGCAACCUGGUGUCUUGGCAGAAAUGGCGGUUCAGAGUAGGAUUCAACAGUCGUGAGGGUCUUGUCAUUCAUAAUGUGACGUACGAUAACCGGAAUCUGUUUUACCGUCUUUCUGUCUCGGAGAUGACUGUUCCCUAUGGAGACCCCCGUGCACCAUACCACCGAAAACAAGCCUUCGACGUUGGCGACGUUGGAUUCGGUUUAAACGCCAAUCAACUAUCCCUAGGCUGCGACUGCCUCGGCCACAUCAAAUACUUCGACGGCUACAGAGCCGAUUCGAAAGGCAACCCGGUGUUGAUGCAAAAUGUAGUCUGCAUGCACGAACAAGACAAUGGCCUUCAACACAAACACACCAACUACCGCACCGGCGCCGCAACUGUCGUGCGCAACCGCCAACUCGUCCUCCAAAUCAUCUGCACCGUCGCCAACUACGAGUACAUCUUCGCAUACAUCUUCGACCAAGCCGCAAACGUGGAACUGGAAGUCCGCGCCACAGGAAUCCUCUCCACCGUCCCGUUCGACAACCAAAACGGCGAGACUGUCCCCUGGGGAACGAAUGUCGGGCCAGGAGUCAUGGCCCCCUUCCACCAACACAUGUUUUCUCUCAGAAUCGACCCAGCCAUCGACGGGCACAAGAACACAAUCUACUACGAAGACAGCAUCCCGCUCCCAGAAGACGACGAAACAAACCCCUACGGCGUAGGCUAUACAACCCAGCAAACGACCCUCCGCACAUCGGGAACAGCAGAAACAGACGUCUCGCGGCACCGCGUCUUCAAAAUCCGGAACGACUCCAUUACAAACCCCAUCACCUACAAACCAGUCGCGUAUAAGCUCAUGACAGCGCCGAGCCAGAUGAUGCUCGCAUCGAAGAAAUCGCUGGGAUGGCAGAGGGCUGUGUUUGCAAGUAAGCCCAUCUGGGUUACGAAGUAUCGGGAUGAGGAGUUGUUUGCGGCGGGGGAGUUUACGAAUCAGUCGAGACGGGCGGAGGGCGUUGAGACGUGGGUUGCUAGGAAUGAUGAGACGGAGAAUGAGGAUGUGGUAUUGUGGCAUACCUUUGGUUUAACACACAACCCCCGCGUCGAAGAUUUCCCCGUUAUGCCCAUGGAGAAGAUCAGUGUUAUGCUUAGGCCGGAUGGAUUCUUUACCAAGAACCCAGCGUUAGAUGUGCCGCAGUCGUCGCAAGGUUUUAAUAAGUCUACUCUUCAUCAAGAGGCUAGCCCUGCGGCGUGCUGCAGCGGUGGCAGUAGGGCUAAGUUGUUUAAGAGGGUUGAGUAG